GGAGAGGCGGCGGCAGCUCAGGACUCAGCUGUGCUCACAAAAUGAUUUCUGCUCCCCCAUCUGGGGGUUUUGGAAUGAAAACGUAACAUCAAGUUUGGUGGGGAGAGGGAGGAUUAAUGUGAGCAAAUACGGUAACACAUUCAUUUACUUGGCCCGGACUCACUGGACUUGGGACCCAGGAGUGCCAGACGGAGGGCUGUGGCAAGGAAGGGACUGAACACUAGGCGGGAGCCGGGAUUGACUUAAGCCUCGGGGAAUGACCCGGGAAGAGGCUGAAAGGAGAAAGUGCUGCCCUCAUUCCCGACUUGCAGCAGGAAGCCACUGCGAGAGCAGCUCCAGGAUCCCCUCCUGCUAACCCCGGCGUCGCCUUGGAACGUCUUUCUUUUAGCAUCUCUUGCCGGCGGUUCCCCUGGGUUUUCCCAAAGUGUCUUCUCCCCUCCUCCGCCCUCUUAGCCCCGAGGAGCGAAGGUGUCAGCGCACAGAAGAAGAAAUUCUGCCCUGGAGUGAACAUUUCUGAAACUCGCAGUCACUGAAACGUGGAUUCCAAGUUUUAGUGAUCCAAUAAAGAAAUUGCUCUCUCUUUAGAGGGUAAUUGUGACUAGAACUACAGUGAAUCAUCUGAGGAACACAUUUCUGUCCCCUUCAUCAGGUAAGUCUAAAUGAUUCAACUCUACAUAGUAACCAAAAUGAGAUGCAAAGCCACAGAAUGAGACAGUCUUGGGGUGCAUAAAACUCACAGAUUCACUAUGCUCAGACUUUAUGGAGUUCUAGGUUUUACUCUGUUCUGGCCAGACUAUACUCCAACUAAGGCAUCUUGAUCUAUGGUUAUUCCCCAGUUUUUUCCUUCCAUUAAUCCUAAAUUAGUUUUCAUGUUUCCUGAACAAACAGCUUUAGCCUCGGCUUCCCAACUAUUCUUUGAUUCAAGCAUUUCUUAGCUAACUUGUCUUUUUAAUUAUUAUUAAUUUUGAUCAAAUCUUUCUUUUAAAAUUUUUUAGAAAUUUUCUCUUUUAUUCCAGUAACAAUUUUCCACACAAGUUUUUCCAGAGUUAUAUGAUUGAUGUUGUCUCCCUCCUGGAGCUGACAAACAAUUGCACUAGGUUAUAGAGAUAUUGUCACUGAAACCUAUUUCCAUAUUAUUCAUUUUUGUAAAAGUAAUCUUAUAAAACCAAAACUCCAAAUCAUAUACCCAAAUAAACAAGUGAUAAAUCAUAUAUUUUCUUCUACAUUCCUACUCCCACAGUUCUUUUUCUGAAGGUGGAUAGCAUUCGUUUUCAGAAGUCCUCAGAAUUGCCCUGGAUCAUUGUAUUGCUAUUAAUAGCAAACUAUCACAUUUGAUUGUCCCACAGUGUUUCACUUUCUGUGUAUAGUGUUCUCCUGGUUCUGCUUAUUUCACUCUGCAUCAGUUCAUGGAGGUCUUUUCACUAACUUGUCUUUGAUAAGCAAAUGUAACUUCCUUAAUUGAUGCCUCCAAACUAAAAUUGUGAGGUUAUAUGACUGCUAGAUUUCCUCAUUAGCUUCCUUUCCUCUCUUCAGCCUCUCCCUACCCGUGUUUCCACCGCUUAUCAUUUUCUCACUCAUAUUUUCCACCCUAGGAUCCUUUCUGUUGCCACAAGAGAUCUCCCAGCGUUUCUCCUUACAAUGGCAGCAUCUGUAAAAAUCUACAUUUCUCACAAACGAGAUCAGUUUUCAGGCUACAUUCCAACAGGCAAUAAAACAACCCACAAAAAGCCGGGGGAGAGGGUUAGGGUGUAUUUCUUUUCAGUGACUAUUAAAGCUACCUUGGAAGGGGAGCAGAGAGGAAGGGUGGAUGUGGUUUUGCCCUUUACUCCCUAUCAUUGUUUAUCUUUCUAGUUUUCAAGGCACGAGAACCAACCUGGAGGAGAGACACAAAGAGGGCUGGAGCCAUGUUAGCCUUCUGGAGGGAGAAAAGAAGCCAUAUUGGGUCCCAGUAGCAAUGACCCCUCCACAGAAGAAGAGGAAUGGGAGCCCAAAGUCUGCCGGUGUGUGCGGAGACAAGGCAACUGGUUAUCAUUUCAAUGUCAACUGUGAAGGGUGCAAGGGGUUUUUCAGGCGAGUCAUGAAGCGUAAUGUGCGGCUGAGAUGCCCCUUCCGAAAGGGCGCUUGUGAAAUCACUCAGAAGACUCGGAGGCAGUGUCAGGCCUGCCGGCUUCGCAAGUGCCUGGAUAGUGGAAUGAGGAAGGAAAUGAUCAUGUCUGAUGCAGCCGUGGAGCAGCGGAGAGCCCUGAUCAAGAGAAAGAAAAGAGAGCAGUUGGAGACCCAGGCUCCAGAAACCAAAGGGUUAACAGAGGAGCAGCAGCAGAUGAUCCUGGAGCUCAUGGAUGCUCAGAUGAAAACCUUUGACAACACAUUUUCCCAUUUCAAGAAUUUCAGGCUGCCAGAGGUACAGAACAGUGACCCUGAGAUCCUCAAGUCCAAGUCCAAGUCCGAGGAAAACUCUGCCAAGUUGAGCAACAUCACCAAAGAGCUCUGCCCCAUCUCUCUACGACUGCAGGGUGAGGAUGGCAGUGUCUGGAACUACAAGCCCCCAGCAGAUGGGUCGGGGAAAGAGAUCAUUUCUUUGUUGCCCCACAUGGCUGACAUGUCAACCUACAUGUUCAAAGGCAUCAUCAAUUUUGCUAAAGUCAUCUCCUAUUUCCGAGAAUUGCCUAUUGAGGACCAGAUUUCUCUCUUGAAAGGGGCCACGUUUGAGCUGUGUCUGCUGCGCUUCAACACUGUGUUCAAUGCGGAGACUGGGUCCUGGGAAUGUGGCCGCCUUUCCUACUACUUAGAUCCUGAAGGGGCUUUGCAGCAACUUCUCCUAGAGCCUGUGCUGAAAUUCCACUACAUGUUGAAGAAGCUGCAACUGCACAGUGAGGAGUACGUGCUGAUGCAGGCCAUCUCCCUGUUCUCACCAGACCGACCUGGUGUGGUCCAGCGUCGUGUGGUGGGUCAGCUGCAGGAGAGAUUCACUGUGGCACUGAAAGCCUACAUAGAAUGCAAGCGGCCUCAGCCAGCUCACCGUUUCCUGUUUCUGAAGAUCAUAGCCAUCCUCACAGAGCUCCGAACCAUCAAUGCCCAGCACACCAAGCGGCUGCUGCAGAUCGAAGACAUCCAUCCUUUUGCCACUCCUCUCAUGCGGGAGUUACUCAACAUAAUGGACCGCUGAAUAGUCAACUCACUUUGAAGGCUGCCCCGCAGCAAGCAGCCAGUAUACCUCCAAUGGCAAGUCCUCUGGCCGUUGGUCCUUGGAUGGACAGAAACCAGAGAGAGCAGAGAUCUCUCCAUGCUCUGAUUUGUAGGGUCCAGCUUUAACCUCUUGGAUUUGCUCCAGUUCUUUUGGUACUCAUUCCCAUCUGACUUUCCUGGAGAGGAGAGGAUGUUUCUUCCUGGCCUGUAUUGCUACCAUAUCUUGAUAGAUAGUUGAUAGAUAAUGAUACACUUGGCAGAGUAACUCCCUGGCUUCUGGGAAUUGUAGCAAGUGGGGAGCAGAUUUUUUCUUCAGAAGAGAUGCUGCUAAAGGAAAGUAAUGAAUGCUGGAGGGGAUGUGGCAAAAUUGGGACACUAAUUCAUUGCUGGUAGAGUUGUGAAUUGUUCCAACCAUUCUGGAAGGCAAUUUGGAACUAUGCCCAAAGGGCACUAAAAGACUGUCUGCCCUUUGACCCAGCCAUAGCACUGCUGGGUUUGUACCCCAAAGAGAUAAUAAGGAAAAAGAGCUGUAGAAGAAUAUUCAUAGCUGUGCUCUUUGUGGUGGCAAAAAAUUGGAAAAUGAGGGGAUGCCCUUCAAUUGGAGAAUGGCUGAACAAAUUGUGGUAUAUGUUGGUGAUGGAAUACUAUUGUGCUCAAAGGAAUAACAAAGUAGAGGAAUUCCAUGUGAACUGGAACAGCAAAGGGAGCAGAACCAGGAGAACACUGUACACAGAGACUGAUACACUGUGGUAUAAUCAAAUGUAAUGGACUUCUCUACUAACAGCAAUGCAAUGAUCCAGGACAGUUCUGAGGGAUCUAUGAGAAAGAACACUGUCCACAUUCAGAGGAAGAACUGUGGGAGCAGAAACACAGAAGAAAAACAACUGCUUGAUCACAUGAGUUGAUGGGGAUAUGAUUGGGGAUGUAGACUCUAAACAAUCACCCUAAUGUAAAUAUUAAUAAUAUGGAAAUAGUUCUUGAUCAAUGACACAUGUAAAACCCAGUGGAAUUGCUCAUUGGCUAUUGGAUGGGGUUGGGAGGAGGGAAGGGAAAGAACAUGAAUCUUGUAACCAUGGGAAAAUAUUCUAAAUUAAUUAAUUAAAUAAAUAA